AUGGCUGGCGUGGUAAACGACAACUGGCAGACGGAAUUGCCUAGUAUUGAAGAAAGGACAAUGUUUAUCUUCAACAAAGAACUCAUGAGCGAUGUGAAGUUUGUUUUUACCGAGGCGAACGAUGACGGAAGCAAGAAGGCAAAGCUGGCGAUCCCAGCUCACAAGUUUGUUCUUGGUAUCGGCAGUCCUGUGUUUUAUGCCAUGUUCUAUGGUCCAAUGGCGGAAACUACAGAUUCCAUUGAACUACCUGACUGUGAUUAUGAGAGUCUGCUAGAGUUGUUUCGCCAUUUGUACGGCGAUGAGGCAAUUUUAAGCGAAAGCAAUGUCAUGCAAGUUUAUUACUUAGCCAAGAAAUACAUGGUGCCUUCCCUUGUGGAAAGAUGCACUGAACAUAUGAGAGAGAAUGUGGAAGGAUCAAAUGUUUUUUCAGUGUUGCUGUUGGCUAAGAAAUUUGAGGAAAAAUCUUUGGAAGAUCGCUGCUGGGGAGUGAUAAAGACCGAAACAACAGAAGCUGUGAUGUCAGAAGACUUUGUCACGCUAGAGCGAUCUCUCGUCGAGUCUAUUGUAAAAAUGGAGAGGCUUUUUGUAAAAGAGGUCGAAUUAUUUAAGGCGGUUGAUCUUUGGUCCACGAAAGAAAUUGAAAGGCGUGGGUUGACCAUAAAUGUCAGUACAAAGAGGGAAGUUCUAGGAGAGGAAAUUGUGAAAGCCAUAAAGUUUCCACUGAUGUCUCAGAAAGAGUUUAUGUCUGUUGUCCCUGAUUCUAACAUACUGACAGUGAAAGAGGUUGUUGAUAUGAUGAAACACUUCAGUGACAUUACAGAAGUAUCUCUACCAUUCAAUCAGUCUCCCCGAUCUGGUCCGCAUAAGCGCUGCCUUAGAUUUAACAUCACCAAUGGCUCUGUCAGUACCAAGUCAUUUAGCAAGCCAGCUGUCACUCAGAAUAUUCCUUUCAUCAUUAACAAAGGAAUUUUUUUACAUGGAGUACAGUUCUUUGGUAAAUAUGGUGGCAAUUACAUAGUUGAUGUUAAGAUUUUUGAAGGUACAGAAUUUUUCAGUGACACCUGUCUGUUUACAAGGUGUGGAAUACACAUUUCACAAACUUACAAGGAUGAGACAUUCAGUUCUAUUAGUUACUUUGAUGUGCUAUUCAAUAAUCCAGUCUGUUUAGAGGGUGGGAAAGAAUACAGGAUAGACGCAACCAUAAAUGGUCCCCCGGGAAACUACAUAAACAGUAGUCAUGAGGAGAAAUUUGUUGAAUGUGCUGGGGUUACUUUUACUUUUAAAAAAAGAGCAACAGGAAAUCAAAUUUCUUGCCAGUUCCCCGCAUUAAUUUUUAGCGUGUAA